ACAGCUACUCAGGAGCAACGAAAUGAUCUUCCCUGGAGCCGCAGCAAAAUGCUGGAUGGACACCUACUCCUGGGAUGGUUAUCGUUCACACUCGUAGUGUUUGUCGUCCACUUGCCGCCACCCAGCGCAGCCUACUUCGGGUUGACGGGUAAUGAGCCGCUGUCUAUCCUGCCACUGAACUCUUUACCGGAGGAGAACGUGGGCCGGGCCCACUACAAGCUGUGCGACCGGCUCAAACUGGAAAAGAAGCAACGCAGGAUGUGUAGACGUGACCCGGGCGUGGCCGAGACCCUGCGAGAGGCCAUUACCAUGAGCGCCCUAGAAUGCCAAUACCAAUUCCGCUUCGAGAGGUGGAACUGCACCUUGGAAGGCCGCCACCGAGCCAACAUACUUAAAAGAGGAUUCAAAGAAACAGCUUUCUUGUACGCCAUCUCCUCGGCGGGUCUGACCCACGCCAUGGCCAAAGCCUGCAGUGCAGGCCGCAUGGAGCGCUGCACAUGCGACGAGGCCCCUGACCUGGAGAACCGUAAGGCGUGGCAGUGGGGCGGAUGCGGGGACAACCUCAAAUAUGCCAACAAAUUUGUCAAGGACUUCCUGGGCAAACGCUCCAACAAGGACCUCCGCGCUCGCGUGGACAUGCACAACACCAACGUCGGCUUGAAGGUUAUCAAAGCUGGUGUGGAGACCACCUGCAAAUGCCACGGGGUCUCCGGCUCCUGCACCGUCCAGACCUGCUGGAGGCAGCUGCUGCCCUUCCACGAGAUUGGCAAGCAGCUGAAGCAGCGUUAUGAGACCUCAGUUAAGGUGGGCAGCUCCACCAACGAGGCCACGGGGGAGGGCGACAUCUCCACCUCAGCGCGGGGACAACAGCAACAGCAGCAACAGCAGCAACAGCAGCAACAGCAGCAGCAGACACCUCAGCAUCCCCACCACCACCUGUCUGGUCUCAACGACCAGAUCCCCCGCACCAUGGACCUGCUCCACAUCGAGGACUCACCCAGUUUCUGCAGGCCCAGCAAGUUCUCAUCAGGCACAGCAGCUCGUAAGUGCUACAAGGACAAAAACUGCGAUGCCAUCUGCUGCGGGCGGGGCCACAACACCCAGAGCAGAGAGGUGACGCGGCCCUGCCAGUGUCAGGUGCGCUGGUGCUGCUACGUGGAGUGCAAGCAGUGCACACAGAGGGAGGAGGUCUACACCUGCAAGGGCUAAUACCGACACCGGGAGAGGGAGUUGGGACACUGUUCUCUGACGCCAUAUGCACUUUGAGGGAUUUUUUUUUUUUCCUUUUUGUUUUAUUUCUUUGUGGUGGCUUUGCGAAUUUCUCCUCAGACAACUGGGUAAACAUCUCAAGCCUUCAAGACGACAAAGAAUGCAACCUUUACAAAAGCAAGCAUAGCCAAGAGACUCGAAGAAGAAGAAGAACGACGUGUGUAUUGAAAGCGACGGAGGAGGUCAGCUCUAUCAAUGACUUUACACGCACAUUCUGUACACGCGCACAUGUUGUGUGUUUGCAUAUGCAUGUACAUAACUUCAUAUAGCAUUAUAUAAAUAUAUUGUAAAGACAUUAUACAAGCCACUUAUCUCAUUUUACGUUAAAAGAAACCACUAACCGCACCAACGCUUUUGCCGUUUGUGUGACUGAUCAGAUACUUUUUUUUUUAAGACUUCUCCUUCACACUUGGAGGGAAAACUUACCUUUUUUGGUUUUAAAUGCAUUUGCAAAUGUUAGUAUAAGUAUACACUUGCUGGACACUAUAUUAAGGACACCUGUAGAUCUAGAUCUCCUAGAUCUCCUAGAUUGUACAGGUGUUAAUAAUGUAUCGUCUGGUGAACGAGGAACACAAGCAGCCAGUUUAGGUGUCUCCACCAAAUCAAUGUUCAGGGAAUAACUCAAACCACUAUGACUGUUUGACGGCAUUAUGAAGACGGCAGUGGCCUUGUGUGAUCAAACUUGGACACUCCUCAUUGUGGAACUUAAAUCCACCCCAGAAAGCUGUGGAGAAAAUGGAGGAAUGUAGCCCCUUUUACUAGUAUUUCAAAUUGUUCCCUUAACAACUACCACCAAUCCUUUGAGCCAUACUCUUCCUGCCAUUCACAUUAAUCAACCACACAUCUCGUUAAGGUGCGGGAAAGCUGCUUCCGUGAUAAUAAAGGCGUGUGUAUUGUCAGCACAUAAGGUGCAUUAGAAUGCCAUUAUCUGAACCCUUGGUGUGCUGAACCACACUCUGGCAUGGUUCUGUUUACCAGAGCUCAAAUGUGUACAAUACACAUUAAAAUAACAGCAAAAAGCAUACAGAAAUUAUAAAUAUGUGAGAGAAAAUAAAUUGGAUCUGUAUGUAAGACAACAGCACUCUUUAAAAAUAUGUUUUAGGAGCUUUUUGUGAAAUUUUAAACAGUAAACAUAGCAGAAUAUUAAAAUAACGUACACCUUCAACUCAGAAGAUGGCAAUUUGAAUAGGAAUAUUUGCGUUACAUCAUGUGAUAUGUGACAUAAGCUGCCCAAUCAAGUCCUCACUCUCUGCAUAUGCAGCCUUUGGUCCCAUGACAAAGAUACCAGUGUGAAUGCUCAGCCAACCACACCAAAGUGUGCCCUGAGUAUCUUUUUUUUUUAAUUUUCAGUCCAGACUGAAGUGCUGAACUAUACCAGUGUGAACACAGCCUUGUAUUGUAUCCAGCUAUCAAAUACAGGACCUUUCCAUAUGCCUUGUUUUUUGACUACUGAGUGAGGGACCCAGCUUUGUAUUAUAGCGUUCAUUCCCACACUGAAACCCCUAGUAUUUAAAGACAAAAAAUCUGUAUUUAUGCAGUAGAGACUUUUGUUGUAAAUAUGUUUCUUCUCCUGUGGUAAAAAGGCAAAAGUAACGGCACAUGUUAUUGCUCAAAGUUUUAGAUUGUAAUCAUAAUCAUCGACCAUGGACCUUUUCUUUUUUUAAUUAAGCUUCAGGAAGAUUUUUUUUUUUGUCCUGAAUUUGAAGCAUUUUGAUAAGCAUGAGUCAUGCCAAAUAAAGCCCUGGUCACAUAUACAUAGAACCUCCACGCUGCAUGGAAACCAUAAUAGCUAUGGUGGUCCAUGCAGCUCAAAUGCCUUCUUGCCACAGCUUUUUGGUAUGUGUGCUCUCGCAACACAAAAAAACCCCAAAACAAGACGGUCUCUACUAUUGGAUGCAUUGACAGGAAUAGCAAGAUGCCCACAGAGUUUGUUUAUAGAUUGUAUGUAAGCCAAAAGAGGAGAAUGACGCAGCAGCAGAUAAUGAUGAUCUCAAACCACAAAUCCCAAAACUCUGCACUGUUUAGGUAGCAGUAGAUCAUGUACAAAAAAAAAAAUCUAUUUUGUAGAAAAAAAAAGAUAAAUUAUUUUUAAAUAUAUUAUGAGCAUGUGUUUAGUGUAAAUAACGUCAAAAGUCUAAAUUGAGUUUAUAUCAUGUAUUUUUUUAUGUUUCGGGGUGGAGGCUUCAAGAAGCAGUUCUAUGUAUUCAUUUCAAAACUUGCUGUUUUUUUUCCUAAGCACUAACAAAUCCUAACAAAUUUGUAUUCAUGUGCACCAUCUUCCGACUAAAUCAGUCGUGGACUAUUGCAUCUGAUCCGUUAGUAUAAUCAACUACUUGUGUGAAAUAUAACGUUGUCACUUUUACACAUUUACAUUUUUUUGUUAGGGUUUGUGUUGUGCAUGGAAACAAACAAACAUGUAUUGCAACAAUGAUGCCAUACAGCAAACAACGGUUUGUCAUGUCUUAUGGGAACCCUAAAUUAUUUCCCCUCUACCUCAUGUGUAUAGCUUGUAGACGUAAACAGAUCACAAAUGACUGGUAAGAAUGUAUUUAAGUUAUUUAACAUCUUUGUAUAACAAAGGCGGAAAGAAA